UCUGAGAAGGAGGGCGAGGAGUGUUCUGCUUUACUUUUCUCUGGUCUAUGGACACUUUCUUUGUUGUUAUGUCCAGUUAUUAGCACAGGGGACACGUUUUUAUGCCUCAUAAGAGUUUAUUUUCUAUUAAGUUACCAAUAACUGCCGGUGGACUCCAACGUUAGCCUGGAUUUAUUCAGACUGCUAGCUAACCUCUCCAGAUUGAACGAUGCGGGCGAGCGGAUUUUAUUUGUGUAUUUCAUUUUAUCGAAAGGAAAAUGAGGGAAGAACAUAAAUUCUGCUCCUACGAGGGGUUGUUUACAAAAGGAGACAAGGGGGAAAUAACACUCUGCUAGCACAAGAAGACGCAUACAGACACAAAGGAAGCAUUUACAACCAGAAACCUUGUGGCGCUCCUGCUUUUACUUAUCAUUUCUGGAUUCAUAGACAACAGAUUACGUGGUUUUUCCUGUCCGUCUUUGCGAGGAAACCCCUGAUGCAUUCCCCAAUGGAGGACUGAGGGUGAGCUGACACUUGCCCCCUCUCAACAUGCUGGCUCUGAGGCUGGAGCAGGGCAAGCGAGAGGGUGGUGAGGUUGAUCGCCUGCAGAAAGGGGCCACCGUGGCCUGGCAGGGCCGCCAGGCGGGGAGGCCCCCUUCUCACGAGCAGGGCAUUAACAUCAGGGAGAAGAUCUCCCAGUGGGAAGGUCGCAGUCAGCAGGGCAGCAGCCAGGAUGCUGGGGUGAAAGCACACCCUCCGGCUGUAUCCCGAAGUCUGUCUGGAGAUGUACUGGGCAACGGAUGUUCCAACGAGGGAUCAAGAGGGGGGCUUCAUGCGAAAGCCAGCCUCUCAAAAGCUAAGAGCUUAGAUUUUCGGGAAUCCCCAUCACAGGCUGGGCACGGUGUGGUUGGUAGGAAGUCCGAACCUCUGCAGAAAUGUUCCACCGAAUUUUCAACCCCAGGAAAUAAACCACUUGCAGCACAAACAUUUGCGUCUCCCAAAGUGGAGGCUAACACUGCUAACUGUACAGGUAGACAAAUCAUCUCUGCCAAUGGCGACCAAAAAAGGGAUCGCAUCUUGGAUGUUGAAGUAGUCUCUAAACCUCUACCUCUAUCGACUUAUGACCAAGACGACAACAUGCCUGCGGGGAAUUUCUACACUUCACGGGGUUUCUGGCGUAAGCUCGAAGGGGACAGACUGCUCUGGGAGAAAGGCAAUGACUCCUCAGGUGAAGCUCAGGCUCCUCCCAAACCUCAGCGGACAUUCCAGUAUCGGGGAACCAACAACAGCAACGCAGGACAGACUUGUCAAUGGGACAACAGAUCCCCUCAUAGCAACCACUCCAAUGUGAGGAGCAGGAGGGUAGCCCACCCACCUAGCUUCCCACCUCCUCCAUGUCCAGUAGCAAAGACUAAUGGGAUUUCAAGGCAUAAAAAGAACAGGAAGUCCUUUGAGUACGAGGAUGCGGCCCGUCUGACGGCGAAGCAAGGCACGCUGCGAGGCGAGUCCAGGGAUUCAGGCCUUUACCAUGCCUACUCUGACGACAAUAUUUACGAGGACAUUGUUUGUGAAGUGACCAGAGAUAACCCCUAUGAGGAUGUCAAGCUCCAAUCUCCCAUGUGUCUCCCUAUUGCAAGGCCUCACACCCCAAAGCUGCCUCCUAAACCCCAGACGUUGCAAGGCUACGCUGGCAAAGUUGAGAGGAAGAGGUUCCAAACGUUUGCAGCAUCCAAAUCCUCAACCCUUGCAGAUGCUCCCAAACCAGCUACACCGCGGCGCACGAGCACUCAAAAAAUACAUAGGAUGCCUCCGUACGUCAACAAGAUCGAGACCAUCUUUGACGACAAGCGAGGGAGGAAGAGAGUAAAGAACCAGGGAGUCUUAGUGCGAGAGGAGACCAGCGGGACAGAGAGCGACCCUGAGGACAACACCAAAGGCUCCAGGAGAUCAGUUUACAUCCAAUCUACACUGAAGCGCCGGCCAGGCUACCGCACCCUAGAGAGAGACCUGAUCCAGCUGCAGCAACAGCAGCUUUUCCAGAUCUUUGUGGUGGUGUCGCUGAGAAAAGGCUCCCCAGGAAACACCUACACCCCUGAAAUCACGCAGCAGUUCCCCAAAUUGUUUGAGAAGUCAUCCCGGCUCUCCAGAGAAGCUGAGGAUCAGCUGAAGGUCAUUCCCAAGUUCUGCUUCCCCGACUCACAGGACUGGAAGCCCUCUGCACACAUGCCAAGUGAGACCUUUUCCUUUGUCCUGACCGGAGAGGACGGCAGCCGCUGGUUUUGUUACUGCCGUAAGAUCUUGCCCAGUGGAAAAGGGAAGAGGCUUCCUGAGGUGCACUGUAUCGUCAGUAAACUGGGCUGUUUCAACCUGUUUGCAAAGAUUUUGGAGGAGGUGGAGAGACGCAGGGAGAUUUCCCCAGCGCUGGUUUACCCUUUUAUGCGUAGCGUGAUGGAGGCCCCGUUCCCAGCCCCUGGACGCACAGUCACCGUCAAGAGCUUCCUCCCUGGCUCUGGGAAUGAGGUACUCACUCUGUGUCGACCAGUGGACUCCAGACUGGAGCACGUGGACUUUGACAGUCUGCUGCAGUGCCUCAGUGUCGGGAAACUCCUGCAGGUGUUUGCCUCUAUUCUGCUCGAGAGGAGAGUCAUCUUCAUCGCUGACAAACUCAGUGUGUUGUCUCGGUGUGGCCACGCAGUGCUGGCGCUGCUGUACCCUUUCACCUGGCAGCAUACCUUUGUGCCUGUACUACCAGCCAGCAUGCUGGACAUCAGCUGCUCCCCCACCCCAUUCCUCAUUGGGGUGCUGGCACCCUGCCUGCCACAGCUGCUGGAGCUGCCCAUCGAGGAGGUGCUCAUAGUGGAUCUGUGUGCAGACAAGUUUGUCAUUCAGCUGGGCGAUGAAGAUUGCAUCCUACCCAGUAAACUGCAGGCGGCUCUGCAGCAGAUCCUGGAGGAGAGGGAAGAGAUCCUGAGCCAGGAGGAUGGAGACGGAUGUGGAGGUCAGCAGGCUGACCUGAGCUCCCUGGUGUCGGAGGGUUUCGUGCGGUUGUUCGUGGAGCUGGUGGGCCACUAUCCUUUCCACAUGGUCGAGUCGUCCAACGGAAGCAGGGAGCUCCAGCGCGACAGCUUCCGCAAGUCUCACCCCUCCCGCGGAGUCCGCCAGUUCCUGCAGCUCUUCAUGGAUACUCAGAUGUUUGCGGGCUUCAUUCAGGAUAAAGAGCUGCGCAAGGGAGGAGGAAGAGGGCUCUUUGAGGUCAGAGUGGCCGAGUAUCUGGAUUCAUACCCUGAGCCGGAGCGGAGUGGUGUGAACAAGUUUCUUAAAGGAUUAGGAAGCAAAAUGAAGCUCCUACAAAUUAAGUGAAAAAAAGACCAAAAGCUGGGAUUUUAAAUGAAAGACUUUGUAAUUAAAAACAACAAUGGCUGCUGCUGCUGGACUUGCUGAGGAAAUGAAUGUGGAUGAGAGUGUUUGGACGGUGAGUUUGGAUACGAGAGGACUAGGCUCAUCUUAUAGCCAUGAAUGCAUGUCUGAGAGCAGUGCACUUCUUAUUGGACAAAAACUGGAAACAGUUUUUAUAUUUCUUUACUAGCAUUGUUUUAUGAAGUCUUGAGGAUGAGGCAAUAUGUCUUUGGAAAUCUACAAAAAAAAAACAUUCCAUGUCUGUAACCUCAGUUAUCAACCUGAUCGUGUGCGGUCGGGGUCGGAACUCUCUGAUUUUAAAUUGGAAACAUGUUUACUUUUUCACAUUCAGCUCUAUUACACAAUGUGUGCAUUGUACAGUAAAUGCAACUUUAACGCUACAUUUCAAUCUCUUACGAAAUGUGUAUGGUUCCAACCUGAUGCAUGUGUUUUUUAAUCCAUGUUGCAUUCCUUUCAGCACAAAUUGUAAAAAAAACAAAAACAACCUUUUGUUUACUGUUUCUAUUUUGCUUGUAGAGGCUCAUUAACUCUGAUCAGAAUAUCUCAAAGUGUUUAGACUCCAGGUUAAACCUCUUCAGUCAGAAAGAGUAUUUUCAUUUACAAAUCUGUUUUUCUUCUGUCCUUGACUUUCUCCUUGUUAAACUGGAGUUGUAAAUAUUUUUUACAUUUUGCACAAUGUUGAGAACCAGUGUACAGUAUUUGGAAUAUUUUUGUAUUAAAGCAUGAUGUGUCCUACAUACUUUUUAAAUAAAUGGGUUCCCAAGGA